AUGGCUCCACUGUUCCACGUGGAGGCUCUGCUCCCGAGCUCGAUCUCACCCAAGAUCGACUCCAUCCUCCACUCCCACAUCUACCCGCAGGUAGGUCACGUCUUCCGCGCCGUCGCCAGGUUCAGGGCCCUGCUCGUCGACGUGAUACUCAGCAAGAAGAGGACGGCGGCCAUGAGAGCCGCCAGCGGCGGGUACGGCUACCGCGGCCGCUCGACGGCGAAGAGGAGCCGCGGCAAGAAGCGGACGAGCAAGAUCGCCGGCUUCGUGAAGAUGCAUUUCGUCGGCUCCUCCGGCCCGGCUCGGGCGAGGGAUCGGCUGGAGGCCAGCCGCGCGCCCUCCUAUUCGUCGUACUCGUACUACGAGUACUCGGCGGCGUGGAACGCUGUGGUUCCAGCGACGGCGGCGGCCGUGGAGGAGGAGGUGGUGGAGGUGUGCGACGACACGGCGGAGUGCGGGUACCUGUGUUGGCUGGAGGAGGAAAGGUCGUCGGGUGGCACGCCGGCGGGCGAGGACGACGCCGAGGCUAGUCCGGCGGUGAACGAGAUCGACAAACUGGCGGAGAAGUUCAUCGCGAGGUUCCACGCAAAGUUCUUGCUGGAGAAGCAGGAGUCGUACCGGAGGUACCAGGAGAUGAUCGCCAGGAGCAUAUGAACCACGAUAUCCAUGGCGAUCCAUCGAGGAUUAAUCCAUUGCGCCGGGCGGCUUGGUGUCCGGACUCUGAUCAUCCGGAGUACUGCGUGAGUACGAAUUUCAUGUUGAGCAGUGAGUGAUUAAUUCAUGGUGCAGCUCUUCUUGGCCGUGCCUCGAAAUUGGAGUCGUUUUCGUGUGUGUGUGUGUGUGUGUGUGUGUGUGUGUGUGUGUGUGUGUGUGUGUGUGGAUUCAUGUAAGGUUGGGCUACGGUCGAAGCGAAAUUAUUCUUCGGGAGGUCAAGAAAUAAUAUCAGCAGUGGUUUAUAUAUACAAGAUUCACACGGCCAAAAGAGAUUCAGGUCCUGGCAUGAAACAGCGAUGAAAGCUCAUGCUUUUGUAGCAAAAAUGGCUAUGUGCAGGACAAGUUUUUAGUUGGAUAAAAAUAAUGCAUGAACACCCAUCUAGAGUCUAUACCAUGUACUUGCUGGUAUAUAUUUUCUCAAAAGUCAAGCUUCAUCAACUUUGACCAAAUUUAUAGAAACAAUUAUCUACAUCUAUGAUACCAAAUAAAUAUCAUUAGAUACAUCAUGAGACAUACGUUUAUAUUACAUUUAUUUGAUAUUUUUAAAGAUGAUAACUUUCUCAGUAACAUUGCUCAAACUUUACAAGGUAUGACUUCUGAAAG